AUGAGAGAUAAGGUGAUACUCAAAUUUGGAAGUUCCUCUAAUGUUCAAAAUAUCAUUGCCAGGAGCUGCUCUGGAGAUAAGGUCCAGUUAUCUACUAUCUACAGUGAUCUUAUUAAUCAGAAUGCACAGGUAACUUGGUCUAAAACAAUUUGGGACGAUUGGUCAUUCCCUAAGCAUUCUCUCAUCACUUGGCUUGCUACUCAUUCUAGACUGUUAACAAGAGAUAGAUUAUGUCACAUGAAUAUCCUUGACAUGAAUCAUCAGCAAAAUGCUUGUGUUCUCUGUACAUUUCAGCAACAGGAAACCUGUAAGCAUCUAUUUUUUGAAUGUGCAUUCUCAGCUGAUCUCUGGAACAGAGUUAUGGAGUGGAUGAACUUCAAAUGGAAAUCUUGCAAUUGGGAUAGGAUUAUUGAAUGGUAUAGUACAAGAUUGAAGGGAAAGGGUUUUAUGAAAAGAAUUAAAAGGGUGGCACUAACUGUGUCAGUUUAUGCCAUUUGGAAGGAAAGAAAUCAAAGAAUUUUUCGGCAAGAAUCUCAAGACCUUGUUUCUGUGUUUCGAAGAGUGAAGAUUCUGAUUCUAUCAAAAGUCCUAAAUGAUGAUAUCCCUGCUCACAUAAAAGACAGAAUUGUGAAAAUGUAA